UGUGGCUGGCCAGCUCACCAGAACUUGGUUUUGUGCAUGGGAAGCUGAUCUCCGCAGAAGGAGUCCUUGAGCUUUGCGGUUGCCCCAAACGUGACACCCAACCUCGAUGACAUUUGACUCCAGAGGAGGAUGUCUUUGCCCAGAAUCCAGAUAGAAGAGGCGGUGGGCAGCGGCGAGGCCACCGCGGAGAAUGCCGCAGCCCCGGAUGACCACCUGAGAAGACUGAAGGCCCUGACGGAGAAACUGAGGCUGGAGACCAGGCGCCCUUCCUACUUGGAGUGGAAGGCCAAACUUGAGGAUCAAACGUGGAAGAGCUCCAAGCCCUCUGAGGAGGCAGAGGUUAAAGCCCAAACAAAGGCUGCAGAAGAAACCGCCCCUUUAAGAAAGGUGCCGGUGCACCUCAAAGGGAGUUCUUCUCCGGAGAAGGUGACGCUUACUUCAGGGAAAGUGAGCGGCUUUGAAAGCCUGGAGGAAGCUUUGAAUUGGCUCAGGAAGGAACUGAUUUAUUUUGUUCUGGCGGGGCCUUUCAUCCCACUCACUGGCUGUUCUUCCAUCCGGCUCGGUUUCUCCUCUGGCACAUCCUCCUCUGCCGGAGAAAGAGAAGGUCACUCGUUCGAAGCGUAUGCAAAUGUUCCUCUUCUGGUCCGUGCUGAGAAUAGCAUUUCCAGCCGCCCCGUGCUGAGCCGCUCUGGCCCGGUGGGGGGCCAUCUGGCUGUCACCGAACGUCGCCACUUCAUUUGGGAGUCUCGUUUUUCUUUCCAGCGGUCACACCAGUGUUGUCCUUUUCUUACACCAGAGAAUCAGGAAAUUGACCUGCCUGCAAACCCACCAUUUGACCCCCCUUUGCAGAAAUGUGCACUCGCUACGGACUAGUAAGGAAUAUGAAAAAGAUGGCAAUCCGGCUUCACCCCGGAAUUGUUUAAUAGCGCUCAGAGUGAAGGUCUGUGCUUGUUAUUAAUUAUUGUGCUGUAUUGGGAUCAGGCCCUAUGUAAAGCAAAAUUCAAGUCUGCAGCGGGUGAGUAUGUAAGAUGGGAAUAAACUCGACAACAGCUGAUAUUCUGGGUCUGCUACAUCUUAGCCUCAUUGAUAUCGUCUCGUUGUUUCUUUGUACACUCCCACCUGUCUGUUUCCAUCUGUUAUCAUGUGUCUCAGGUUUGGAUUGUAAGGUCUGUGGGGCAGAGAGCAUAGUUUUGGCUUGUGUUUGUACAGAUCAAUGGGAUCCUGGUCUCUGACCACAUCUAUUUCGCUAAAUAAAACAAGCAGGCUUGACUACAGUUGGGAAGUACCAGGGAACCAGCUACCGUAUAUACCCCAUUAUAAGCCCAUUCGUUCCUAAGCCAACGCCCUCCAAGUUAAAAAAAUUGCAAACAUUGCAA